CGUCGCCAUUGCUACGUCCGACGUCCGUGAUCGUUCCUUUUCUUUUGCGGAAGUUUUGCGUUUCUUUGUACAAUAUUGACUUUCAAAGUAAUUUGUAGUGAUAAUCGGACUACACAGACACUUUUUAGUGAAACACAUGUGAUUUAUAUAAAUAUUAUCGUGAUUUAAAGACUUUAUAAAGAUUCAAUAAACGAAAAUCGCGGCCAAUGUCAGCAGGCGUGUCAGAUCAGCGGAUGAAAGGACAAGGGAAUCAAGUGACAAAUGUACCGAAGGAGCAGCUAGAGAGUGGAGGAGACGAGUUGGCCGAGGUGUCAUGGCGCCAUCAGCAGCAACCCUCGUAUGCACCACCCAUCUCGUCAGCGGCCGACCCCUACAGUGCAGCAGGUUAUUAUGGUACAACAGCACUUCCUUAUCAAGCCUUCGGAGUUGGGGACGGAACAUGGUCCAGCAAUGGAACAGACCCAAUGACUUUUCUUGGAGGAUACAAUCCUCACGAUUCCUAUGGAAUGGAUGGUAGUGUUUUCGGACCAUCAACAACACCAUUUUCCACCGCGGCAUUCGGACAGCCGGCAUCCACGUUUAAUUAUUUCCCUGGCAAUGGAGAUUACUCGACGUGGGGCCAGCUGGGCCGCGCGAAGCAGUACGCCGACGACUACUACAGACAGGACGGUCUGUACGUCCCGGACGGCGUCAAAGCGGUGGAGACGGGAGUGCAGUCCCUCUCCCUCGGAGAGCACAAGCUGGAUAAGGAGCGCGGCCCCGACAUUAAGGACAUUUCUAGUGCACAACCUAAAAAGAUGACAUGGGCGUCGAUAGCGAGCCAGCCGGCCAAGCCGGCGCCGGCGUCCCAGUUCGGGGUGCUAAAGAAGAAGGGCCCGGGGAUGCCGCCGCCGCCGAUAGUGCCGGGAAAACAUAACAUGGACAUUAACACUUGGGACGUGGGCAAGACCGCCCCUGUCGCCACCGCGCCCCCACUGACCGACCUGCAGCCGCCGCCGGUCCCCGCCCCGCUGCCGAUGCCGGUGCCGCAGCAGACGCCGCCGCAGAUGCACCGUGGGCCGCCGCCACAGCAUCAACCGCCGCCGGCCUGGGCUCACGCCCCCCGGGCUCCGCCCCCGCACCAGCCCCGGCCGGCCCAACCCGGCCCGCCGCCCGUAAUGCCCGUCGCCAACACGCCGGCGCCUCCGCCCCACCCCAUUUUAGACGAGCUGAAAGUCAAAAACGAUUACAACCCCAAAGAAUUCGACCUGAGCGCCCCGCUGGCGCGCUUCUUCGUCAUCAAGUCCUACUCCGAGGACGACAUACAUCGUAGCAUCAAGUACGAGAUAUGGUGCAGCACGGAGCACGGUAACAAGAGGCUCGACUCCGCCUUCCGCGACAGGGAAAGGGAGGGUGGCAUGGUGUACCUAUUUUUCUCGGUGAACGGCAGCGGCCACUUCUGCGGCAUGGCGCGGAUGACGAGCGCCGUCGACUACAACUCCAACUCCAGCGUGUGGUCGCAGGACAAGUGGAAGGGGCAGUUCCGCGUUAGGUGGAUCUAUGUCAAAGACGUUCCUAAUAUGCAACUCCGUCAUAUCAAGCUGGAGAACAACGAGAACAAGCCGGUGACGAACUCCCGCGACACCCAGGAGGUGCCGCACGCGAAGGGUCUGCAGGUGCUGCGCAUCAUGCACAGCUUCUGCCACUCCACGUCGAUCUUCGACGACUUCAUACACUACGAGAAGAGGCAGGAGGAGGAGGAUUCGCGCAAGGUGCCCCAGCACCCCCCAGAGCCCCGCGACGAGCACGAGGGGGGGCGGGGAUAUCGCAACUACAGGGACUACCGUGAUCACCGCGAAGGACGGGACGGGCGAGACGGGCGCGAAGGUCGCGACGGCCGGGACGGGCGAGACGGUCGCGACAGGGGUGACAGGGAGCAUCGCGACGGACGGGACGGCCGCGACCACCGGGACAACCGAGAGCCCCGGGACGGUCGCGAUCCCCGCGACCAUCGGGAUCCCCGCGACCAUCGGGACCCCCGCGACCACCGCGACUCCCGGGACCCUCGCGACCAUCGCGAUCCCCGGGACCCUCGCGACCAUCGCGACCCCCGAGACGCCCGAGACCCCCGCGACCAUCGCGACGAUCGCGACAACAGAGAGCACGGAUACCGGGACUCGAACUUUAGAUCACAUCAUAAGGAUCGCGAUGGAUCACGCGGCCGCGGGCGUCCCCGGAACUAAUGGCCGCAAGUGAUUGAGAACUGGCUUCUCUCCAUAGACAACUAGUACUCAAGCAAUGAUUGGUACCACAUAACAAGUGUAUGAGAGUUGAACACAAAUGAGGAACAUAAACUAUGUGACUCGGCAUAGUUGCUUUUCAUCAACUUGAACAAUUAUGUAAAAAUAGUUAUCGUUGUUUUAAACAGUGCUUCACUAAUAAAAACAUUCAACAAAUUAAAUGUGCUAAAAUAUUUUGUACUGAAGAACAUUAUUAACGAAAUGACUAGUGAACAGAACGUUAAUUGUCAUAAAUUGUCAUGUGUUGGUUUUCAUCGCAUGAGUCGUGUGGAAUUGUGGACUUUAUUUCAAAUUUGUGGACUGAAUCAAUAUAACGUAAUUUUAACUAGGAGAUUCUGUGGUGAGAAGAUCAUCUUGUGUAAUGUGUUAUUAGGGACUAAUGAAGUUUGUAAAAAGAAAAUAUGUCAUCCUCUUUACUGGUGCGAGGGGAGUUUUAUAUGAUAAACCUUGUAACCGGUGUUUGAUUCAAUGCCAGGUAUAUGAAAUGUCAUGAGAUAGUGCAACUUUUUAUAUUGAAAGACUUGUAAUCACCGGGCGUGUAAGUUUUGUAUACAAUUUUACAAUUACAAGAAUUCUCUCGUGGCAUCAUUAAUCUGUACUCAACUAUAAUAUGUAUACUAUACAACAUGUCAGUGUUUUCUAUCAUACAUUAUGUCUACUGUCAGUUAAGUUGAUUAUUUUUGAUAUGUUAAAGUGAGAUAGAUAUGUAUUUUUCUUCAUAUUUUUAACAUAAUAUGUACAUAAUAUAUUAUAUUUUAUUAAAGAAAACAAAAUGUUAAAUGUUAAUUAAGUGAAGUGUCAUCAGUGUAACGAGAGAAAUUCGAUAUUAUGAAAUGCAAAUUUUAUUUGGAAUAUUUACGACCCAAGUAUAAUUUUCAAAGUGCCUUUUUGUUAGUUUUGUACCAGAAUAGUAUAGAAAUACAAUCAAAUUCUUAAAUAUUUUUAUUUCGAUUUUUAAUUUUUAUUAUGUGUAUUUGGUUUCUUUUUUGUUUCUUUUAUAGGCGUAGAGAUUCUCAGAAAGUGUCAUCAUUUUGUCUUAUUUUAGUAAACUAUUGUUAGUAUACCUAUAUUUUAACUACACUGUAAAACAUUUAUUUUAGGAAUGGCUUUACAAGCUUGAAAUGGCUACUCAUUGUGAGGGCUGUUUUUAUUUCUUUAUUAGAACCUACAGUGUUUGUUUUUACAAUAAAGUGAACUUGUAUUAAGUUCCAUUGGUAUUGAAUUAAAACUCAUAGACAUUGUUGAUGA